UUUAUAUGGGUUUCUUUUUUUCUCUUUUCCAGUAAUUGCCCUUCAUUUCUGGCUGCUGCUUUAGCUAGAGCAACUUCGGAUGAAGUCCUCCAGAGCGAUCUUUCAGCACUCUACUUACCAAAGCACGUGGACAACGCCGAUGGCAUUAUACAGAUUGAGACAGUGAAACUGGCCCGCUUAGUUUUUAGCAAACUCCAUGAGAUCUGCAGCAACUGGGUGAAAGAAUUCCCCCUCCAGCCGAAGCCACACCGCUACUAUGAGACGUCCAUCCACGCCAUCAAGAAUAUGCGGAGGAAAAUGGAAGACAAGCAUGUCUGCAUUCCAGACUUCAACAUGCUCUUCAACCUUGAGGACCAAGAAGAGCAAGCCUAUUUUGCGGUGUUCGACGGCCAUGGCGGAGUGGAUGCUGCCAUCUAUGCCUCCAUCCAUCUCCACGUGAACAUGGUGCACCAGGAGAUGUUUCAGCACGACCCGGCGGAGGCGCUGUGCCGAGCCUUCCGUGUGACAGAUGAGCGCUUUGUCCAGAAGGCAGCCAGAGAGAGCCUGCGUUGUGGAACCACUGGGGUGGUGACUUUCAUCCGAGGGAAUAUGUUGCAUGUGGCUUGGCUUGGGGACUCCCAGGUUAUGCUUGUGAGGAGAGGCCAAGCUGUGGAACUGAUGAAACCCCACAAACCAGACCGAGAGGAUGAGAAGAAACGCAUCGAGGCGCUUGGUGGCUGUGUGGUCUGGUUUGGAGCCUGGAGGGUGAAUGGGAGCCUGUCAGUCUCCAGAGCUAUUGGGGACGCUGAGCACAAGCCAUACAUCUGUGGGGACGCAGACUCUGCCUCCACUGUUCUGGAUGGCUCUGAAGACUACCUCAUUUUAGCCUGCGAUGGUUUCUAUGACACGGUCAAUCCCGAUGAGGCAGUCAAAGUGGUGGCUGACCAUCUAAAGGAAAAUAAUGGUGACAGCAGCAUGGUAGCACAUAAAUUAGUGGCAUCUGCUCGGGAUGCCGGUUCCAGCGACAACAUUACUGUCAUUGUGGUAUUUCUCAGGGACAUGAAUGCAGCAGUCAGCGUUAGUGAGGAGUCGGACUGGACAGAGAACUCUUUUCAAGGUGGGCAAGAAGACAAUGGGGAGGAUAAGGAAAACCAUGGAGAAUGCAAGCGACCGUGGCCCCAGCACCAGUGCUCAGCACCUGCUGACCUAGGCUAUGAAGGACGAGUGGAUUCCUUCACUGAUAGAACUAGCUUAAGCAUAGGGUCCGGCAUUAACCCAUUCGAUGAUCAAGGCUAUUUAGACCUGACAAAAACAGAAACUAGUACGCCUAAUAGUGCCAAAUACCUGCCACCAAUUGAAGUGUUUAGUCCUGGUAUACCAAAGAAUGCAAGUUUGAUUAAUGGCUUGACAGUGAAGAACGAAUCACCAGAGAGCACAUCAUCAAUGUUUGGACAGAGCGACCCCAGGGAGUACAGCGCUCCUCUUGGUUUGCGUGCUGCAGAGCGGAGCAUCUACAGGGUGAAGGGUUUAACCCCCAUCUCCUUUGGGCUGGAAGACGAACUGUUCAAGUCCUUGGGAAAACGAGUUGCAUUCUUUCAUUUCCGAUUCUGUUCCGGGAAGAGGCGACGAGGAGCCAGGCUCAAACCAAAGUUUCACACGCCGCUCUUGGCUCGCGAGCCUUCCCACACUGAGGGGUCGGCUCUGCCCUCGCCUGUCCGAAGCCGUGGUAGCACGAGGCUGUUGGUCAGACGCUCCCCGUGGUGGAGGCUGCCCAGUGCUACCGCUUACAGUGAGGGCAUGUUUUUGACGCGAAGACAAAGUCAUUGUAUACCAGACGCGUACCUUCAUCAAUGCUGUAAGAUGUAACUGUCUCCCUUGUGUUUCCCCUUCAGACUCCCAAAAUAGACAUUCCCAAAAUAAAACCGGCAUCAUCAGGAAGCGAAAAAAGGUGGGCAUUUCAGAAACGUGCUACAGUCUCCUGCAAAGCUCAAACCACGUGUAAAUAGAUCUAGGAAUUAACAAAUGUAGUUGUUUCAAUUUCCACAAGGUUUGCUGGUGGUGCCGCCCGAGCAGCGCCACAGCCACCCGCACACACAGCAUUAGUCACGCUCACCAGUGAAAGCUGAAUAGCUGGGUCCUGGGAACAGACACUGGGAGGGAACAGUCCUUGGAACUGCAGGAAGGUGAACCCACCUGAGAUGCAUCUAUGGAGCAAUAUGUCAAGAAAGGUUCUGCUUUAGAACUGCUGAUAUUUUUUUUUUUAGAGUGGGGAGGAAGUUUCCAUAGAAGUCCAGGUUGCGUGGGUUAUUUUGUGUUCUGCUGUUCUGCUUUCUGUUUAUUUCAGGCUAUCAUUAAGAUGAAUCAGAAAAUUACAUCCACUUUUGCAGGUAAAAGACUAAAAGCCAUACAGGGUUUUACCAGGUACCUUAGGAAUGGACAAACUAAGCUCCUGCUACUCUGUUCUCAGACUCCCAUUGAGGUACAGACUCAUAAUUUACCUAUUUUUUUUCUUGUAAGAUAAAAUGUGGAAUAUGAAGAAAACUGUUUUUGUAGUUUUUAAAACAAAUAUUUCCUAUGGCUAGAGGCGCAGCAUAGGGAAUGUCGUAUAUUUCUGGUGCUUUUAGUGGCAUUUUUCUUCUUUGUCAGUUAAGGAAACUGUUCUCAGUUGGUUUUAAUCAAAUAUGAUUGUGCUUCAUGCUUUGAGCCAACCUCUCUCCACCGUAACUUCAUCUCAGGUCUUAAAAGAAACCACAUCUGUGGAGAUGUUCUGUACAGCACUGCUGUCGCUCCACAAGGCAAAUCAGAGAGCUGCUUGCUAGGAGUAACGAGCAAUUCAGGAGCUGUUUGGCCGCAGCAAUGACUUCUAGAUGGCAGUGGCAUAAUUGAACAUCGGGUUGCAGCAUGAAGGACAGUCAGAUGCUGCACCUGCCAGGAGCAUCAGUGCUGCAAUUUGAUGCUUUCCGCAGUGUGUCAGAAGGGCUGCUGGAGCGAUCCAAAGCAAAUGGAAAUGCCAUGGAUGCCUAUGAGCAGGGGAUGUGCUCGGGGGUUAGUGCAGGAGUGGGAUUCUCUGACAAUCCACAGCUCUGCUUUGGUCCACCCUGAAUUCAGAAAGACAAGUGAGGAAUGGCAGUAAACCUUAUACUGAGUAACAGAGGGCUGCUGAUCAAACUUGGGAUCAAACAGUGCCCACCAGCUCUGCCCUGCUCUCGAGGUGAUGUUAAACCCUCAAGGGAGCACUGAAUGAGGACGUAAGUGAGCAGGCUAUUCCCAUCAGCUCCACUGAAUAGGCAUCCUGUUACUAUUACUUGUUACAGUAAGGAGGAGUAUGAAUAAAUAAGUCUUUGUGAGCAUUUAUUGUACAAUUCAUAUCAUUUUAGCCGUAAUAAUUUAAUAACAGUAUUAGUAUUUAGCUAGCAUUUGCAAAGUAUUUUAAUAUUAAGUAGUCAGGAGAUUAUCCAACACAAAGAGAUGGCAAGGUUUGAAUUCCGCCAAUUUCUGCUUCUUCUGUCUUUGAUGCACUAUUUUAAAAGCAAUUUUAUGAAUAGCAAAAGGCUUUGUGAGUAACCAGGAGUUGGAGUGUGGCUUCAGAUUCCUUUGAUCUUUUUCAGACUUUUUUUUUUAAAUCUUGUGGGAUCACUGGCUCUUAUCUGUCAUCUUAGUAAGCCUUAGCUGUUUUCUGUGUUCUCUUUAGCUGCAGCAUAUGUUCCAAGUCAGAUUUACUAAGGAAAUUUGAGAAACGGUGAAAUAUGCAACUCUGGGGCAUCUCUGUGGUGCCUUUGUUUUAAAUUAUUCACAGUAAUAAUAAUGCGUUGAAAGUCCAUCUUGUAGCUGACUGGUGUGUCUGAGAAGAACGGCGGUGGUGUAAGUGCGAUUCUUGGUCCGAUUGAACUAGAAUGGCAAACUGUCACAGAGGACAAAACUUCUUCCCAGCCUGCUGGAGCGGUUGAAGAGCGCUGGACUGCACGUGUGCUGUUUGGGGAAGGAUAAAGCUUUUUAGGUGUGGAUUCAUCAACAACUCUGCUGCUCACACCAUCUAUCUUGCCAGGAGAACAAUCCGCCAUCGUAGUUCCAGUGUGGUCAGGUUAAAAAACACAAACACAAACCAUUGUAUAGAUAGCAAGUGUUCAUUUCUUCACUAACUGCAUAUUUAUAGAGUAGAUAGGAACCAUUUGUAAGGUAAGUCCUUUAAAGUUCUAUAAUAUUAAAGUAGUGGUUAUUGGUCUGAUAUAUGCUGCUCUUGAUUCUACACACUAGACAAAAAAGCAGUGCUUUGUGAAAUGCAGUGUUUUCUCUUAAUGCCACUGGUGAUAGGAAGUAGUUCUCUUCAGUUCAGAAUCCUGUGCCCUUAUUUGCUGCUUGCUAACGUAAGCAAUAAUCCCCCUCUAAUGGUAUCUAAGUGUUCUGUAUCUCGUACUUUGAUUGUCUAUCUGGUGACAAUGUAAAAAUAUUAGGCUAAUAUAAAAGUAUUUAAUUGUAUUUAUUAACUGUUGAUACUGAGAUUGUCUGUGACCUGUGUUUUGUAUUUUUAUCGUGUAUCUUAGUGGUGGAAUUUGUAUCACAGAUCUUUCCAAUAAAGAGCUGAAGUAUCCCUCUCUGCAUUAACACAACCCGCAUCAGUUUCAGUUUACGUAUUGAGCGUGUUUGCAGAACCAGGAGGUAGGCAGUGAAAACAUUUCUCUUUUAAUUGAUGCUGGUUUUGAGCAAUGGGCUUCAGGCUGCCUGAAGCCGCUCCAAACUCGCUUGUAUGCUAUUCACUGUGAGUGCCAGAGGGGUUCACUUCAUCCCCACUCUGAUAAGUCUCCUGUGCACGCUUUUUGAACGUGCAACUCUGAGGAAUGUCUGCGUUGCAGAGAGCAGUAUAGCACCAGACCAGGGAGCUGUUAACCCAUUUCAAUUUGCACUAAAGGUGGGUGGAAACGCAUGUAUAUAACUUUUCUUUUACCUAGAAGUGCCAUCAAUUGUCCUUGCAACUAAAAACCAUUCAGCAUUUGAGUUAGAUUGCGUUAUGAACACUGAAGGACAAUGUCAAAGCAGACAAACUUACGCCACGUUUAUGGUGGCACACUGUCAUAGAAACUCCACGCUGUUUUUGGAACACUGUGUGUCAGUGAGAAAUGCACUGUCCUAUGGGCAGAUAAGAUGAGGCAUAACGAGUUCCGUGCUUAGAGAUAUGACUGCUGUAGUUCAGCCCCACUCUCUCUUCACUAAAUCUUCCCUACCCUGGCACUGGUCUGCAGGAAAAAAUAUAAGAAAGAUUGGUCUAAAUUAGGGGCUAUUUUAGCACAAUUUAUUCACUCAGCACUAGUCCCAUAAACAAAGCCAUUAAAGGGGAUACCCCAGCUUUGUUCAUGCCUGUAAUUUAGGGCAAUCUUUCUUUAAUCCAUACCUUCUUUACAACAGGAACAAAAACGUUCUACCCUCGUACUGUGCAAUAAGUAAGAAUGAAGCACCAACACAACCUCCAACUGUACAUACUCUUUCCAGUCCCUGAUGAUCAGGCAGUCGCACUAUAAUACUCGCCAGCAUUAAAGCUAAAGAAAAAUAUGAAUCCCACCUCUUAGGGCCUAGUACAACUAUUGUACGUCGCAACUGCAUCUUGUCAGUGGUUCUUUUGGGUUUUGUUUUGUUCUCUCCCUCUCCUUCACUCCAGCAGAGAUCCUGAAAUGGGAACAGGGGAAGCUGGCUGAGCCCACCCUGAGCACCUCCACUUGUAGAUGGCCAGGCGUGGGGCAGCUGCAGCACUGGGUGCUCCUGUCCACCCACCUGUAGUACCUGUUUGUGAAACUAACAUGUUCUUUGUGCUGUGAAUAAGUUAAAGCUCAUCAUUUAGCAAUGUUGGGACUUUCCCUCUGCGAUUCUGUUCUACAGUUCACAUGAGUUUAUAGUUAUAACCAUGUAUUAGUCAUCCAUAUUUUAUUUAUGAAGCUGUUUAUACAAAAACUGUUGAAGUUUUACCAGUAUCUUAAUAAAACAGUAAUUUAAACCA